AUGGCUGUUGUCAGGAAUGACGGCUUUGCAGCAGAGGAUAACAUUCCCAUUUUCAAGUUCAAGUACACCUUUGGAGGACUGGCGAGGACUCUCCUCGUGCGGUUUACUCUCACUUUUGUUCUAGAAUAUGCAGCCACAUUUCUCUGUUGCUCGGUAACCUCAAGUCCAAUGCUUCGAUUAGGACGAAGAACGUUCGACUUCAUGUGGUGCCCUCUGAGAGUAUCGAUUCAGAAAUCGAAUCCCGCUGGGUAUACCUUCAUUUGUGCGGCAUCAAGCGAAGAUCAUAUGGAUGAAAAUUCUUCUUGUCAGCAGAUUGGGGUGCAGUCACUGCAAUCUUCCUUCGAGCCUUCUAGGGUAGCCUAG